AUGAAUUUUGCUUCUGGUACCUCCAAGACACUCUUGGCCUCGGCUCUCUUGUCCUUGCCUCCGGCCGGCCAAGCCUACGUGCUCAAGACCUUUUGCGCGCCACGGAACGAUCCGGCCGGCGCAUUGUGCCGGCAGGUAGAGGUCUUGCGCCGCCUGGGGAAUCAGGCACCCUACGCUACGGCGUUGGAGCAGGCGACCAUCCGUGUGCCCACCAGCGGUGCGAUCCUCGGGCGCUGCGUUCCGGAGGUGGCCGCUCUUUGCUGGCACGAAACAGAUCCGGUGGCGGCAGCACACUGCCGCAUCUCUUGCAUCAACGGCCAGUUCUCUGUGUGUGACCUCGGGGCAGAGGAGGAGGGAACACUUUUCGACGGCCGGCGCUUGGGCACGGCUUGGUGUCCACUGAAG